AUGGAAGCUCUUCGAUUAGCUAUUCAAACCAGGUUGGGGGAGAGAAUGGUCAGCAUGAGUUCGAUGCUCGUGGAGACUGUGAGCAUAAACUACGAGGACUUUAACGAAAGUUUCUUGACCUGUGGAACUUGCCUGUGUGUUUACGACGGGAGCGAGCACACGCCGAAACUUUUGCCAUGUUCCCACACGGUAUGCUUGCACUGCCUAACGAGGAUCGCGGCCUCUCAGACCCGAGAAGCGGGAGCAUUCCGGUGUCCAAUCUGCCGAGAACUGAUAACAAUUCCUCGAGGAGGAGUACCAGCACUGCCUCCCAGCUUCCUGGUGAACCAACUGCUGGAUUUAAUGUCGCGCCAGCGACGAGAAGUUAUUCCCAAGUGUUCUGUUCACAUAAAUCAGGAGCUGCUGUUCUGCGAGACUUGUGAUACUGUUUUCUGCACGGUUUGCACUGGAGGAAACCAUGCAGAGACUUCUCCAGGGUGCACUGAGCACACAAUCAUACCUUUUAGCAUUGCUAUUAAGAGAAUGUCUGAAAUUUUGCUUUACAAAGCUAACGAGUGUAUUUCUAAGCUGACACAAGCCCAAGAGUCGGUUAGUACUGAGCUAAGGCGACUGGAAACUGCUAUGGAUAGGUGUCUAAAUGUCGUAGACGCGGAAUUUACUGAAAUUAUAGCCAAGGUUGAACGCAGACGUGACGAGCUCCAAACAGCGGUCGCAGCAGCUGCCAGAGACAAAAAGCGGGUGCUCGAGGAACAACUUGCGCUUAUUGAAGCGGAGAAAAAUAAAGUUCAGCAGGAGUGUGAAGGCUUGCAGUAUCAAGUCGAAGUGAGGAAUAUAACACAAAGAAUUGGGAGCCUUACUGAUCAAUUGGAUGCGGCUGUCGCACUUAGCGAGCCGCGUGAAAAUGCAUUUAUUACCGCUGAAUUUAGUCAUAACAAUGCGGUUGAGGAAUUGGAAAAAGCUUUGGAUACACUUGGAAGAGUUAGGUCUAGCACAACGUUACCAGUAGAGACUGUUGACUACCAUGGACACCCACGAAAUGUAGGAGGAGAUCCGAUAAGCGUCGAGCUGACCCUAGCAGACAGUUCGGAUAAUCAAACAAUAGAAACAGAGGUGGAGGAUCUGGACAACGGAACUUAUGAAGUGAGAUUUCGACCGCCUUGUGAAUCAAGGUAUGCUUUGAAGCUCUCGGUUUUUGAGCGACCUAUCAAAGACUACCCGAUGUUCUUUAACGCGACUGCCCACAAUGAGCCAAUUAAAGUGCUGGACAGUAAUUUGGAAUUCCAAAGACACGUGACCAAUGAAGGCUUGGAGGGCCGCAGCUGCACUGGAAUAGCCAUUUCAGAGCAAGGACUAGUUGUAGUAAAUUGGAGAACGCGUACAAUUACGGAAAUGAGCUCACUGGGCGACACCAUUCGGUCAUUUACUCACAAUGCGUUCCAGGAGCCGAUUGACGUCGCGGUAGAUCACAGCUAUGGGCACAUACUUGUUGCAGACAAUGGCCAGAGCUGUGUUUUUGUCUUCGAUUCUGACGGGAAAGUCCUCUUCCAAGUUGGGAAAAAGAGCAUGCUCAAGCUAAUUAGCUCCGUUACUGUCGGGCCUGCUGGAGAAAUUUUAGUCGCUGAUUCUAGGAUACAAGUUUUUUCAGCUAAGGGAGAUUUUUCAGAGGAAAUUAAUGCUGAAGGCAAAGGCAAAGGCAAGUACGGAGGAAUAGCCGUUGAUCAAGAUGGAAAAAUAGUGGCUUCACGUAGCGACAAAGGCCGGAGCAUAAUCCAAGUUAUGAAACUCGGCGGUGGAGCAAUACUCACUGAAAUAGAUUCGCACAGCUCAAAAUUAAGACGUCCAACAGGGAUCGCUGUGUUACCGAACAACUAUUUAGUGGUUGUCGACUUGGGUAAUGACUGUAUAAAAAAAUACCGAUACUGGUAA